CCAUGCCAGGUCUUAUAACGCCUGGAUAGGUAUUUUUAAGUAUCAGCUAACAUCAUAUGUCAUAGCAAUCUCACCCUUGGCAGCGUUGGAAGAAAGCGGAUGUUGCCGGUUUUCAGGAAUACAGUAUUUUUAACCUAACUUCCGAUUCCUCUGCUCAGGCGUCUUUUUUCGCCUUCUACGUUAGGUUAUAGCAAUCUGGUACCUGACAACGCAGUUGAUGACGUGGCACGCAACUAUUGGUUGAUGCAUGCAACGUCUGAGCAGGGGAACGCGACCAGUGUUUGUCAGGGUUCCUGACAUCACUCACUGUUUGCAUAGAUAUAGAAUUACCCACCAGGCUGCCUACAGGAUUGCAGUAUUUGCUUUCAGCUUUUUUACCCGGGACAGCCCGCCUCUCGUUCUCGGCUGCGUGGACAUAUACAACGAGAGAUAGAGAAACGGAGGAUAGUAGGAGACAACAAGAGGAGGAGAGGAAAGGAAGAGCUAGCUGCAGCAGGCAGGCAGCUCCUUAUCUGUCUGGAUUUAAACACGCAUGUUUUCUGUGGAGAAGGAUUUCUAUUGUUGGAGGGUUUUUUUCCCCUCUCUUGAGGCCCCUGUUCAGCGGCUGGACCGUGUGUCUUUUGGGAGCUGUGUGUGUGGAGGAAGGCCGUUUAACGGCUACAGGAGCGGAGCGCGAAGCUUGCGAGCGAGCAGAGCAUCUGAAAGCCAGGGCAGGCCGGCUGGCUGCAUUGUGUGCUUUGAUGACCCCCGCUGUGUAGCUGCCUGCUCAUCAACCCCCCUCCCUCUCUCUCUCUCUCUCCCUCCCUCUUCCCUCUCUCCCUCUAUCUCCAUCGCAGCGCCCGGCCCAGCCAUGUUUGGCACAGAGUCCUCAUUAAGCAUGUUUCUGAACACCCUAACCCCCAAGUUCUACGUGGCUCUGACGGGGACCUCCUCCUUGAUAUCUGGACUCAUACUGAUAUUUGAGUGGUGGUACUUCAGYAAGUACGGUACUUCCUUCAUCGAGCAGGUGUCAGUGAGCCACCUGCGCCCUCUGCUGGGCGGCGUGGACAACAGCUCCCCAACCAACUCCAGCACCAGUAACGGAGACGCAGACUCCAACCGACAGAGUGUGUCCGAAUGUAAAGUAUGGCGAAAUCCACUGAAUUUAUUUAGAGGGGCGGAGUAUAACCGGUAUACGUGGGUGACGGGCCGAGAGCCACUCACGUACUACGACAUGAAUCUCUCGGCACAAGACCACCAGACCUUCUUCACAUGUGACUCGGACCACCUCCGGCCAGCUGACGCCAUAAUGCAGAAAGCGUGGAGAGAGAGGAACCCACAGGCACGCAUCUCCGCCGCACACGAAGCCCUUGAACUAGAGGACUGUGCGACAGCAUACAUCCUGCUGGCAGAGGAGGAGGCUACCACCAUCGUGGAGGCAGAGAAGCUCUUCAAACAGGCCGUGAAGGCAGGAGAAGGUUGCUACAGACGCAGCCAACAGCUUCAACACCACGGAGCGCAGUAUGAGGCACAGCACAGAAGGGACACCAAUGUUCUGGUGUACAUUAAGAGGAGACUGGCCAUGUGUUCUAGAAAGCUGGGACGAACCAGAGAAGCUGUCAAAAUGAUGAGAGACUUAAUGAAGGAGUUCCCUCUCCUCAGUAUGUUCAAUAUCCAUGAGAACCUGCUGGAGUCGCUGCUAGAGCUACAGAACUACGCAGACGUACAGGCCGUACUAGCCAAGUACGACGAUAUUAGUUUACCCAAAUCUGCAACAAUAUGCUACACAGCAGCUUUGCUCAAAGCCAGGGCGGUAUCGGACAAGUUUUCUCCAGAGGCAGCGUCGAGGCGAGGGUUGAGUACAGCAGAGAUGAAUGCUGUAGAAGCCAUACACAGAGCUGUGGAGUUCAACCCACACGUCCCCAAAUACCUGUUAGAAAUGAAAAGUUUAAUACUGCCCCCAGAGCACAUUCUGAAGCGAGGGGACAGUGAGGCCAUAGCCUACGCCUUCUUUCACCUGCAGCACUGGAAGAGGGUGGAGGGGGCCCUUAACCUGCUCCACUGUACCUGGGAGGGCACUUUUAGAAUGAUCCCGUACCCUCUGGAGAAAGGCCACCUCUUCUACCCAUACCCCAUCUGCACCGAGACCGCAGACAGAGAGCUGUUACCAACAGUGUUUCAUGAGGUGUCGGUGUACCCUAAGAAGGAACUGCCAUUCUUCAUCUUGUUCACGGCUGGUCUCUGCUCCUUCACCGCCAUGCUGGCCCUCCUCACACACCAGUUCCCCGAGCUCAUGGGAGUCUUCGCUAAAGCUUUUCUUAGCACCCUGUUUGCUCCUCUGAACUUCAUCAUGGAGAAAGUGGAGAGCAUCCUGCCAUCCAGUCUGUGGCACCAGCUCACACGCAUCUGACAGUGACCAGCCCCGACCGGACUUGACUGACACACUUUGUGCCAAUAAUCYUGGAUUAGACGGACAGUGAGGAUGGAUUGGAAGAGAAAGAAGAAAAGGGAAACAUGGCGUUCUGAAUUGCUUUUGACUUUAUUUGAUAUGUUUUCAUUUUGUCUUCAAAUCUCAUGUAAAACCGUUUUUUUGUUGUACAAAAAAAAAAGGUGAUCAAUUGUCAUCAUUAAAAAAGUGGAAAAAGA